AGUCUGCUUGAAACUCUUGAGCAUACUGACAGCUGAGGCUUGAGGUCACAUGUGGACAAACUUGUCUGAGCUGAGGGAAAAUCUUUACACUCAGAGCUGAGCUGAAGUCUGUGACCGGUCUAUCACUUUAUUUAUGGAACAAUUCAGUGAAGGCUCUGGAUCAGUCCUGACUUCAUAGUCUUGUUGGAGAAACAGAAAAAAUUGUGUUUUAAAAACCUGUCCUGGGUUCCUUUGUGGUCUGCUUCCUGUUCUGUUUUGAAAGAUUCGACUACAGACGACUCUACUGAAGAUGGGUGGUAUAUUGAGCGGAGCUGAGGAGCGGAUGAGGGAGCGCGAGAGGGAACAUUUAACAUAUUUUGUUAAUAGUCUCGAAGAUGGUGCAGACCUGAGAGUCGGCAAGAGUAUCAAGAUGUUCACCGGUCUGUCUGCUUCAGACAACCUGAGACAACACUGUGAGAAGAGGAAGAUGGAGGCGGCCGACCUGGUGGAGAAGCCGGGCAGCUUCACGUCCAGUCCCGAACUGGCAGGAGUCGGAGCUCCGGCCCUCGCCGUCUUCAUCGACAUCGUUUCCUUCAGUCCACCUGAAGAGAAGACGAAGGAGGCUCUGCGAUGUGUGUUUGCUGAGGAGAAGGCCUCCGAGGUCUGGGAUCAGAUCCACGAGUGCCUGAAGAGAGAACAGGCACGAGCUGGUGAGCGACGUGAAGCGCAUCGAGUGCCAGCUGAGCGCCGUCAUCACUCCAUGCUGAGGGACGGACACAUGUCGUCUCAGGCUCUGAAGGCCUGGGUGAACGGGGCAGCCUUCCACAUCCAGGUGCUGAUCCACCUGGUGAGACUGGGCGGGAUACAAACCUGCGACCCCGUGGAGGGACUCCUCUCUGCUUACCUGAGCGACCUGGAGACGCUUUUCACAUCGCACGAGAAAGUGAUAAAAGACAAGUGCAGCUUCAGGGCGACGGCUGUUCACAUGGCGCCUGUUGCCCAAUUUCUGGUGGAUGAAGAGUCAAAGUGGAAUCCCAUGAGUCCGUACGGCAGACAUGAGGAACAUCUCGAGGCUUAUUACGAUCGCAGGUACGGCAGGCAGAAGCGUGAGAUUCAGCAGUACUUCAGUGACGUGAGAGAGAAGCUGCAGCAUCUGGUCCACCAACGAGGCUCCUUUAAGGUCUCCUGAGGGAGGCCGACGGACACCAGGACCCGCAUGGACGGAAGUAUGUAACAGUGGGACACGUGAUGCGGAAACCAGGACUUGUCCUGGUCUCGUGGGUGUCUUUCCUCAGCCUGGACUCGGCUCCACAUCUUGGGUGUUCUGACUCUUUUGACUUGUGGAUGUCGGGACUUGAACCUGGACAUGACUGUCCAUAUACUUUUGGCCAUGCAGAGUCUCUCACGUUCAGUGUCUUCAACAAAAACUCAGAUAUAAAAAUCAGGUGAUUUUUUUGGUAGUCAAACUGUUAUUGAUAUUCACAGUAAUUCAAAACAAUUGAUAAAUGAUCAAUAAAGAAUCAAUCGAAAG